GCUUCUACGGCUCAGAUUUUGUCCAUUUCAUUCUUCGCAAAAGUACGACAUUUGUAGUUCGCAUGCUAAUAGCAUGCUAACAGUUGACGCUGCAGGUGAGCUAGUGGUGCCACGGAUGUGAUUCGCUGGAGAUGCGAUUGAAUGACGGAGGAACCUUGGAAACCAGUGCCCCCCCUCUCGAGGUCGAAUAAAGUCACCCAUAGACUGCUCGCCUCGCUGUCCUCUCUCAUGCCGACUUGGAAUACUCGAGCCUGUUGACAUAGCCCCCCCGCGUCUCUUGGCUGCUCAGCAUUAGCCCGCGGCCAAUUACGCCGUUAUGGAAGGACACAAGCGCUCCAAGUCCACCAAGGUCAAAGCUCUCCUGUCGCGCGUAUCUUCGAAGAACGACAUAACAGACGAGUCCCCUCCAACAUCCUCAGGCGCCUCCAUGACCUCGCAACCGCCUGCGGGGCACCACCGAAGCCUCUCCAAGAAGCACCAACCCCACCUCUCGACCAACAUGUCCAGCUUGAGCACUGCGCAGGACGGCUUAAGCCCCCCCUCACCAAGCUUUGCGCCGUCACCAAGCUCGCCCACGACCAAGCCCAGCUCGAUAGAGCAGUCGGUGAAGCUGUUCCGCGUCUUCGAGUCGCUGCGCAAUGGCGAUACAGCAGCCAUCUCCAAGGCCAUACGCGAGCAGUCGGCGCCGGCAGAGAAUGAGGACAGUAGAGCAUCGCUCACUCUUCCCAGCGCACGCACAGAAGGUACAUCUAUACUCCACCUAGCCAUACAAUGCGCCGAGGUUCCCGUUAUCGAGUUUGUCUUGUCCAACACCACCGCGAAUGACGACUCACCCAUCGACGUCAACGGUCGCGACCGUGACGGUAAUACCCCGCUCCAUUUGGCAGCAACCCUUGGGCGGACUCCCGUAGUGCGAAUGCUGCUCGACCAGCCUGGCAUCAACGACUCCAUCACCAACUACAAUGGUCAGACGCCUCUAGAUUUAGCUCGAACGCCCGACAUUUUCCAGCAGCUGCAGCUCGCGCGGUCGAUUUUCAUCGACACUAAUGUGAAGCGGAUACAACAACUGGUAACGGCAGGAGAUAUGGAAACGCUAGAGAAGAUAUUGCAAGAUGGCAGGAUCAAGAGCACCCUCGACGUCAAUGGCGGUGAACUUGCCACAGAUCCAGUCGUCGUCGACGCUGGAGGUACUCUCUUGCAUGAAGCAGCCAAGAAGAAGGACGUGAAACUGGCCCAACUUCUGCUGCUCAAUGGAGCGGAUCCGUUUCGCCGUGAUCGCAAGGGCAAACUUCCUCAAGAUUACACAAAGGACGACCGCACACGCGCCAUCUUGAAGCGCUCGCCUGCCGCGGCAGCCGCGCAACGAGGCAUCCAAGAGAAGACUAUUCUUGCAGGCGCGUCACCGGGUGCGGCUGCAAUGGACAGUGGAAUGGGCGUUAAAGAGUCCCGUGAGAUGAAGGGUUAUCUUAAGAAGUGGACCAACUACACAAGCGGCUAUAAGCUUCGAUGGUUUGUGCUUGAGGAUGGUGUGUUGAGCUACUACAAGCAUCAAGACGAUACUGGCUCUGCAUGCCGUGGUGCCAUUAACAUGCGCAUAGCGAAACUGUACAUGGACCCUCAAGACAAACAGCGAUUUGAGAUACAAGGCAAGUCAUCGGUCAAGUAUCACCUCAAAGCAAAUCACCAAGUGGAGGCAAAACGAUGGUAUUGGGCACUGAACAACGCGAUUCAGUGGGCUAAGGACGAGGCGCGCGAAGAAGAGAAGCGUGCCACUCAAGAUCAAGAAACACUCAAGCAAGCCAAAAUCGAGCAGAUCAAGGGCGAGGGUGAUGCUUCGAGCCUCACCAGCUCCCGCAUGACCAGUUCGAAGAAUCUUGCUCCUUCCACUUCACUAGGCGUUCCACUCACGAGUCAAGAUGCCACAUCUUCAAGAACCGCGGUUAGUAUGACAGAGGAUCCUGGAAGUGCCUACGAACCCAGCUACUCUGGUCCUGAGCUAGGACGAAUGGUCAGCCAUUUAGGCACGACUACAGUGGCUGGCGACGACGAUGACGACGAUGAUUAUGACGACAGCAGCAGUCACGAGUUGAAGCCGCAAAGCAAAGACGCGUUCAACAUCACAGCUCAGUCCGCGAAGCUGCAGCUGGAGCUACUAACGUCGGUCUCUGCAGCAUUGCAAUCAGAGAAGAACAAGAAUCCAACUAUUCAACUAGCAGAUCCGUUAAUGCUGCAAGCUCUGGCUUCUUACGACUCGGCCAUCGGCAACCUCAAAGGUCUCAUUGGAGAUCUGUUGCGUAUAUCAAGAGAUCGUGAUGCUUAUUGGCAGUACCGGCUAGAUCGCGAAGCUAACGUGCGGCGUAUGUGGGAGGAAAGCAUGGCCAAGGUGGCGAAGGAGCAGGAAGAGCUUGAGAACAAACUAGACGAAUCCGAGCUCAAGCGUCGGAAAACAAAGACAGCGCUACGAGAGGCUUUGGAAGACUACGAGCUUACCGGACCCGGACCUGCUGUCAAAGAUGAUGAGGAUGAAUUCGUCGAAGUGGCAGAAGACGCCGAGCAGCAGAGAUCGAAACCUAGCCAAAAGGUAAGGAGAAAAGCUACUUUCGCAGACAUUGCUGCCGACAUUUCGGAGUCUGAAUCAGAAGAUGACGAGGAGUUCUUCGACGCCGUCGGUGCUGGUGAGGUCGAAGUCGUUGAGAUGCCGGCUGCAAGCCCAGGUUUGGAGGAGACAGAGAUUCCACCAUCCACCGAAGACUUGUUCGAAAAGAAACACAGUGAGAUCGCCACUGCUUGGGCUGGAUACGAGGACGGUCCACGAAAGAAGCUCGCCAUGGAUGCGGAUGAGAGGCCUAAAAUCUCGCUUUGGGGAAUCCUUAAAUCCAUGAUUGGCAAGGACAUGACGAAGAUGACUUUGCCCGUCUCAUUCAACGAGCCCACCUCGUUACUUCAACGUGUCGCUGAAGACAUGGAAUAUACCGACCUUCUCGACACAGCAGCCGAGCGAGCUGACUCUACUGAACGACUACUUUACGUUGCGGCUUUUGCUGCGUCUGAGUAUGCGUCAACUAUCGGGCGUGUUGCCAAACCGUUCAACCCACUUCUUGCCGAGACAUACGAAUAUGCCAGGCCAGACAAGGGUUAUCGCUUCUUCAUUGAGCAGGUCAGCCAUCACCCACCGGUCGGUGCUGCUUACGCCGAAUCGAAGAAGUGGGACUACUAUGGCGAAUCCGCUGUCAAGUCCAAAUUCUACGGCAAGUCUUUUGAUAUCAAUCCGCUCGGAACCUGGUUCUUACGCCUUCGUCCUACUUCCGCGGGUGGGCAAGAGGAGCUAUACACAUGGAAGAAGGUCACCUCGUCCGUUGUCGGUAUCAUCACUGGGAAUCCAGUUGUCGACAACUAUGGCCCAAUGGAGAUUCGAAACUGGACGACGGGCGAAGUGUGCCACCUCGACUUCAAGGCACGUGGAUGGAAGGCUUCGUCCGCAUUCCAAGUAGUUGGAAAGGUCCUCGAUGCUCAAGGUCGCGUACGCUGGUCCGUUGGCGGACGCUGGAACGACAAGAUCUAUGCUCGUUUCACGCCCGGUUUCGAGGACGCCGACAUCGACAAGGGCGGAAGCAAAACCAAACACGACGAAAGCAAAGCCUUCCUCGUCUGGCAAGCACACGAACGACCCACCGGUAUUCCGUUCAAUCUCACUCCCUUUGUGGUCACUCUCAACGAUAUUCCUGAUAAGCUACGGCCGGUCGUUGCGCCUACGGAUACAAGAUUGAGACCUGAUCAGCGCGCCAUGGAAGAUGGCGAAUACGACUUUGCUGCCACUGAGAAAAACAGGGUAGAAGAGAAGCAGCGUGCGACGAGACGGCAGAGGGACGAGAGAGGGGAGGAGUUUGUGCCCAGGUGGUUCACAAAGGGCCGUUGCGACACGACAGGAGAAGAGUACUGGGUGUUCAAUCACGAGUACUGGAAGACCCGAGAUAGGGUGGCUAAAGGUGAGACGAAGUGGCAAGAGGAAGGUCUGGAAGAUAUCUUCUAGGCUCAUUGGCUCGGGGGUAAGCCUGAGUUUGAAUGAACUGUACAUCAGGCACAACCAUAAGGCACAUACAUAACGAUUUACACAUAUUCUCUUUUCUGGAACCAAACAAAUACUACUCGUAUACUGUCCGCUUG